GAAACAAGCCGGCCAUGUUGGAUCGAAGUGAUAGAAUAGCGAAAUAAAGUUAGUCAUGCUUUGUAGGUUUGUUUAAAGCUUUUCAAAAUCUCUAGUUUGUAAAAUAUAGAAGCCAUGGAAGUAGAUAGUAACUUGGAGACUGAAAUAAGAAACGGCAAAGCGUAUUUGUUGCAGGAAGCGAGCAAUGGAGAUAGCAGUUUGUAAGUAACUCAAUGUCGACUGUCAGACUGUGUCUUUGAAUUUUUGUUUCAAAAGCCGUCCCUUUUAUGUUUUGAAUAAUUUCUGUUCACUUUUGCUUUCAAGAUACGAACACUUGGCGUCUUUGUUGGCGCAAAUGUUAGAAAAAAGACCAAAUGAUGCUCUAAGUAAGUUGACCAGACCCAAACUAUAUUUGUGUAUACAUUUUGUGUAAAAAAAUUACCAUGAAAAAGUGUUACAAUGUACCACGUUUUGUAUAAAAUAUGUCUGUUUUCCAUUCAAACAAAACGUACAAAGUGAUAUACAGGCAGCAAGCAUACCACUACUGGUAAUAAACUAGAAAAUAUUAGUUAAGUUAUAAUACUAGUAAACAAUAAACAAGAAAACAAGUAAAUAGGCCAACAAACAAAAAACCUUGCAAAAAAACAGACAACUAAACAAGUAAAUAGAUAGACAAGCAAACUAGAAAAUAGCCAGUUAAAUAAACAAACAAACAAACAAAUAAACAAACAAACAAACAAACAAACAAACAAACAAACAAACAAACAAACAAACAAACAAACAAACAAACAAACAGACAAACAAGUAGACAGAUUGACAAACUGACAGACAAAGAAACAACAAAAGAAACAAAAGCAGAUAAACAAAUACAAAAACACACCUAUCUAAACAGACAAACAAAUAAACAAACAGAACAAACAAACAAACAAACAAACAAACAAACAGACAGACAAAAAAGAAACAAAUAGACAGUGAAAAUGUCAUAUAGACAGAGAGAAGUAAGAAAAGACUUUUUCUAAUUUGCAUAAUUUGCAAAGAGAAAUAUAAGCAGACAAAAAGCUAACAAAUUUGAUCUUUUUAUUCAGAGAUUUUAGAGAACACAAGUAGGGAAGAAAAGAGAGCUAAAUUCAAACCAUGUCCUGAUGCUUUACAAGUAAGGAAUUGCUUGAACAUUCUAUACUGAUCUUUAAAUGUGACAGUAAAUAACUUAAAUACUUUUGCUUGCAAAACCCUGAUAGAAUUAGUACCUAAUAUGAAACAAAUAUAUAAAGUAAUAAUUUCAUUCAUAUAUCUUUCAAAGGAUCAUGACAAUGAGUCAUCAGAAGUUCUAUUGGCAAAAACUCAUUCUGGACUUUUUGUGGUACUAUAUAUAGCACUUUUUCCUAAGUUGCAAUAUUUUAAAUUAUUUCAUUUUUUGUCACUUGACAUUGUUAUCCUUUACUUACAUUCUUUUUCUACUCCUUCUUUCAAAAUGUCUGUCUUCCAUUAAUCUAGUUAAAGUGCCUAUGCAACGAAAUUUUCACCCCAUUUUUUAUUGUUUUUCUAAAAAGUACUGCUAGAGUGAUGAAGAAUGACGUUUACAGUUUCGUCAUAUCUCAUCUCAUUCUCAAGUUAUCGCACUUUGUAUAUUUUGAGUUGUGACGUCACAAGUAUGAGUUGAGAUAAUGGCAAUAACAAGAAAGUAUGAUAUCUUGGUGAGUAUUUAAUAAAAUUCAAUGAAACUUGUUAGACAUAGUGGGUGCAACAAAGUCAACAAUUUGACUUGUUUAUAUGGUUGUUAUGGCAACACACUCGUCCCCAGUCCAUUCUCUUCCAAUUUCUAUAUGAUCCAUUUUCAACGAAAUAAAUAGCAAUUUCUACAAUUUUCGCUUAUUACUAUAAUACGUGUAGGUAUUGUGAUCAGUUUAUACAGUUAUAACAUGUAAACAUCCUCUGCAAGAGGUCUACGGGAGGAAAGUUGUGAAAGGAAGAGAAGAGACUGGGGACUAGUGUGUUGCUAUGACAACCACAUGACCUACCCAAAAUAUUCAUAUGAGUGCACCCACUAAGUGUACCAAGUUUCAUUGAAUUUUAUUAAAUACUCACCAAGAUAUCAUACUUUCUUGUUAUUGCCAUUAUCUCAACUCAUACUUGUGACGUCACAACUCAAAAUAUAGAAAGUGUGAUAACUUGAGAAUGAGAUGAGAUAUGACGAAACUGUAAACGUCAUUCUUUAUCACUCCAGCAGUACUUUUUAGAAAAACAAUAAAAAAUGAGGUGAAAAAUUCGCUGCAUAGGCACUUUAACGUUUACCUGUUUUACAUGUUUUAUUUCACUCUUUACCAGUCCUUACAAUUCUUUCAUUCUUCUUCAGUAUGACUAAUUCCUUUUCUCCUGUCUUCUUCCUUGCUUUGAUGCUUUUCCAGUCCUUUUUCCAAAGCUUUCACUUUUAUCCCAUCCAUUCUUUGAUUGGUUGAAAAGACCAAACAAAAAAGACGCCCUUAUCGUGUUGCAGCGUAAAAAUUUUACCAACAGAAAUACGACGUGGAACUAAAUCGUUUUUGCGUUGACUUCGCGGUUAAUUCGCUUUUUCGUUUGGUUUUUGUCACAUCACCUCACUCCAAUCUCAAAAUGUUCACCAUCGCUGAUCAUUACCAACGCGUUUUCCUGACAGCAAAAUCCAGCAAACUUCUUGCUGCAAGAGGCUGAGGUUGACCCAGACGAGGAAAUCGAAACUCCUCUACCAGACAUCAUGGAACUGGCGCAUUACUUCCAUCUUGGUGGCAUAGGAAUCAGCAAGGAGGAAACGUUUAGAGUCUUCUUAGCUUUAAAGACGUUAGUCGAUUCAAAUCCAAUACUAACUUGUAGGUUUUGGGGUAAGUAAUGUUUAUUUGCAAAGAGUUUAGAUAUACCUUUUCUUUAUGUAUGACUUAUCAAUGCAUGAAAUAGAGGUACUGCUGUAUCCGGAUUCCGGUGAUUAUUUGUGUACACGAUCAGUUAUGAUAUUCAGCGUGAGAAAUAUCAUUUCUUGUAAUUCAUUUCUUAAUGAAACUCCGAACAUUUAAAUAACUCGCAAGGUAACCAACAUUAAAGACCGGCGUACUUUGAUCUCAUGAAUGGUGAAAUUUUAAGCAGUCUAAGCGUAUAUUAAGGGUUAGGUGAUCAGCGUAUCGGCGCGGGCCUGGAUGGGGCACUCCCUUGAAUCUUUAUGAACGCUAAAUACUGCACGAAUUAUGCCCAUUUUCCACUCCGUUAUUUCGCCGCCGCUGGCGAAAAAUUACAUUCAUGCGCCGCUGAAGAAAUUUGUUCUCCUGCUACAGUUGCUUAAAAUUUUCAACUUCUGUUUGAUCUUUCGUUGACGGCGCGAAAGAACAACAAAUGAACUUUUCCGGUGGCGAAAUUUUCGCCAGCGGCGGCGAAAUACGUGAGUGGAAAACGGGCUUAAGCUUAAGAUGUUCCCGGUCGUCAAUGUAAUCAUGCAAGUGUCAAUGGAAUCAUGCAAGUGAAAGAAUAACGUGGGUUAUAUUUACUAGGUAAAAUAUUUGGUUUACAAAAUAAUUACUACAUCGCUGAGGUGGAAUUCAGAGAGGGUGAAGAUCCUGAAGAGCAUCAUUCAAAAGAGGUGAGCAGAGUUUUCUUACAAAGGAAAGACAGACAGACACGUCACAUUGCACGCAAUCGUUCAUGUUCUUUUUAUCGUCUCUCUCUCAAUAUGUGACUGACGUAUCAUCAGACUAACUUAAAAUCCAAUUACUCGCAAGCACGGUACAUUCGUUGUACCAAGAAAUGUUUUUGUUAUUGUUUAGACUGAUGAAGAUAAAAUAGACGAAGAAUCGGAGCAUAUUCUCUCACAGAAAAGUAUGUAAUUAAAAUGAUUAAAAAGAAAUUUAACAGAGUUACCCAGGUCUUAGUUGCCUGGACAAUCACUGCCGAGCUCUUCUCUGUACGGUGAACAGCAAAAAUCGUUAAAAAUCGGUAAUGUGAUGUGUUGUUUGUACAGGUCAAGACAGUUUAAAUGUCGAAGAUGACGAAGAUGAAGUACCGAAACCAGACUACAAACCUCCGCCUGAGAUUCCGACGGAAUAUCCAAGAACUGGAUGCAAUAAAAAAGUUUAUUUCCUCUGUACUGAACGUGAGUUGCGCUUGUUACCUACAUGAAGUUAGUUCAGUCAUCACUUUAAAAACUCAUUCAUAAUUUAUGAGGUAAAGACAAAGGAAAUCACUGCCGUAUCGGUGGUUUUAUAUGUGAUAAAAAUAUGUUAAUUUACAGAAACUUUAGCUUUGAUUUUCUCGGCUUGGACAAUGUUGAUUCUUAAAAUUACUUCGCCAAUAAGCUCAUAAGAUGGGUCGCUUUUUAAGCCAUUUAAAACACUCGCAGUUCGUGCUUUAUCAGAUAUAAGACACUCGGUUGUCGCCUCGUGUUUUAUGUCUGAUAAAGCCUGCCCGUGUUUUAUAUGGUACAUCACGCUUGUGUCCAGGGCUUCUGUGGUGAGAGCCACAAGUGCAGAAGCCUGCAUGGGUGCGAGGUUGUCUCACUAUGGGACUUGAUAUUAACAGAAUCCAAAGAUGAUGAGUCUUUUCAUUUAUAGCUGGUCAUCCGUGGAUGCGGCUACCGCCUGUCACACCAUUACAGAUUGUCGCCUCAAGACAAAUUAAGAAAUUCUUUACUGGCAAUCCAGAGGCAUCGGUAAGCAUCUUAGGAAUGAACAGUCACCGACCAAAACACUGCCUGUUCUCAUGUGAAACGUAUAUUUAAUGUUUCUUGCCGUAGAUUGUAAGCUAUCCUCCAUUUCCUGGAAAUGAAGCGAACUAUUUACGUGCCAUAAUUGCAAGGAUCUCAGCUUCGGCAAUUGUCAGUCCUCAGGGAUACUAUAUGUUUGAAGAAGACGAAGAUGAAGAAGACGAAGGAGGUAGAUUUAAUUUUAUUAUUGAAAUUUAUUUACUGCAAUGUGCCGUUGCCGAGCCAGAGGCUCAUUAUACAAGUGAUCGACAACUUAGUCACCCGUCUACUUACAAUAUCGUAAUACCGUUUCACUCCGAUAACAUGCUUGACUCAGCGGUAAGGGGUUGCGCGCUAACCACAUUUUGAUUCUUGACAAUUCCUUCUGUUUCAGUUCGUGAUACAUUCGUCUCCAAUCCCGAGUUUGAAGGACUUAGUGUGGGCGAACUGAUUGAUGCCUCCUUAACGAAUUGGGUUCAUCACCUUCAAUAUAUUCUACCGCAGGUAAGGACGAUCAAGGUUGUAAUGACAACAGGAAAAACCUUGUGUGUUAUAAUGAUCACGAAGAUGAUAUUAUUAUUGUGAUGAUGAUGGUUAAGCGAUGGUUUUGGCGUGAUGGUGAUGAUAUGUUGCUAGUCAUGAUGAUGGUGAUGAUUUAGAAGAUGGCCAUGAACUCAUGAUGGUUAUGAUAUUGAUGAUGGUAAUGAUGAUGAUAUAGUGAUGGUACAAUGGUGAUUGUGAUGUAAGGAUGGUGAUACGUG